AUGGCGUCUCUAACUUCCCGUCUCGAGCACGCGGUGAAGCCCGACGCUCUCCGAGCCUACCUCGCCGAAUUUAUCUCUACCUUUCUCUACGUCUUCGCUGCCGUUGGCUCCGCCAUGGCUUCAAGGAAGAUGAUGCCGGAUGCUGCAACAGAUCCGUCUGCGCUUGUAGCAGUUGCUGUAGCGAGUGCGUUUGCAUUCUCGGUGGCGGUUUAUGCGGCGGCUAAUAUCUCCGGUGGACAUUUGGUUGGGUCUGUAUUGGCUUGUCUUCUGUUGAAAGUUGCCACCGUCUCACAAUAUCCUUCUUGA